AUGCCCAAAGGUCCAAAGUCUAUCGGCGUGCUGUGCGGUGAACUGGGCAUGGAUGGCGUUGCCGAAGCCAAAUUCCGCAAAGAUGCCCAGGCCUACCUCAAAUCUCAGAUUGAAGAUCUUCCCAAUGCACCGGAUGAAUUGAUUGAACCUGUCGCCGUGAGCUUCCUCGAGACCGGAGGCGGUAAUAAACACUUCUCGUGGGACGCUGCUCUUAACUAUCAAUGGGAAGCCAGCGACCAUCGCCACACUAUCCUCCGCUACGUGACCGAUAUCAUGAAGAUGCAACGGUGGUACACAAUUGACCGUCUUCACAAGCGCAUCAAUGGUGCCGUGAACUGCCCUGGCUGCUUGCUGCACUCUCCAAAACAGGGGAGCCCGGAAACCGUCGAUAAUGCCGGGACUGUUAAUCACACUCAAAUCGAUGACACCAGGUCCUCUGAUGGAUCCGAUGCUGGAAGUCUUCAUCACGAUUCAGGUAGAGACGACGCCGUUGGGCGCAGCGAAAGCAGAAAGCGACACCGUGCCAGCCGUGACCACUUUCCUGAAUCGGAAAAGAAGCGGCAAAAAUCGACAGGGUCGCAGGAGGAGACCGGCAGAGUGAGCAUCUCGAGAGACGAAAUCUCACGGAACACGUCUAUCUACGACAAUAAUACCUUUCCGAAAGCACGGCUUCCGGCCAGCUCAAACGCGCACGCUGGUUUUACACCAGUCAACCCUACCCCUGUCAUGGAACUCCGGCCCCCAUCCAGACACGAAGCUCCAUCCCCUACGCUUGCUUCUCAAACGCUCACCCUCCGAGACUUCAACCUCUCUAUGCGCUAUCGCGGUAAGCAGUGGCACUUCAACAGCGUCGCGCAUAAAGCCAAAGUCCUCGAGCAGAUCCUCUUGCAAGAAGAGAAGGAUGUCGAAUCCUACCCCACCCUGGCAUUCUCCAAAGGAGCCAAAAAAGCAGGCCUUGGAAUUGACGGAAGUUCAGACGAUGACGAAAGUGUCUUGAAAGAUUACUUCCGCUGUUACUCACAUUUCAUGAACAACCGAUUUCCACGGAAUGAGAAGUUGUUGCUCGAGAAUGGAGUGAGGCCUUCGGCGUAG